AUGACAUAUCGUGUGCUGUCAAUUCAAAGUCACGUUGUUCAUGGAUACGUUGGAAAUCGUAGCGCUGUCUUCCCUUUACAAGUUUUGGGCAUUGAUGUAGAUUUUAUAAACUCCGUGCAGUUUUCUAACCACACCGGAUAUAAAACAGUCAAAGGUCAAGUUUUGAAUGCAGAAGACCUGAAGGCUGUCUAUCUAGGGCUCAAAGCAAAUGGAUUACAUCAUUACACUCACAUAAUAACCGGCUACGUGGGAUCCGCAUGCUUUCUUGAGACCGUAGCUGAAAUAGUAAGAGACUUAAAAACUGAGAACUCCAAAGUUAAAUAUUAUUGCGAUCCCGUUUUGGGAGAUUCGGGUGAGCUGUACGUCCCCGCGGAAUUGAUACCGAUUUACAAAGAAAAACUGCUGCCUUUAGCGGAUGUUAUUUUACCCAAUCAGUUUGAGCAGUUUCGGUCGAAAAUGGCUUGGUUUCCGACGUGUUGGUCUUUAGUCCAGUGGUCUGAGCAAGCUGAUUAA